AUGCCCCGCCAAGGCCUGCGACGGGCUCCCGGUGGCCGCUCUGUCUUCCCAGGUGAGGACGGAGCUUCCGCCUCAACUCCAACAGCUGAUUCACCCCUCCGCCAUUCCAACUUCUAUGACUCAGCUGUUAGCCGGAACCCCCGCGGAGAAGGCAAUCCCCUUAAUACACAUACACGUACGCAUGACUUGGCAAUUGCAGGCGAUCCCGAUGUUGGAGAUAUGGAGGAUGAUAUAGAAGAGAGGGCAGAAGGGCUGGAAGAUGAUAUCGACGUUGAUAUUCAGGAUGAUGGGGAGCUGGGGGAAGAGGAAGGUGAAGAAGAGAUUGAGUAUGCUGAUGAGGAGGAUGAAGAGGUUGAGGAGGAGGAAGAUGAGGAAGAGGAAGGUGAUUAUGACGAAAAAGACGCCUCUGCACCGAUCCCCGCCAACCUUCGCGAAAUCUCCUCCCUAGCCUCCUGGACGGUAUCGACGCAUAAACCUGGCUGCGGCAUCGCUGCCCUCCGCCACCCUUCCCCUUCGCAGUUCUGGCAAUCCGACGGUCCCCAACCUCACACACUAACACUCCAUUUUUUCAAGCGCGUCUCCAUCGUGCGCAUUCGUGUAUAUCUGGACUUCGAGCUUGAUGAGAGCUACACCCCUACAAAGAUGAUCUUUCUAGCUGGAAUGGGAGGCAAUGAUCUUGUGGAAUUCUCUACGUGGCACGGUGAAGCUCCUGCUGGAUGGGUAGAUAUCGAUUUACAAGGGGUUGGUGGACGGCAUGAAAAGGCAGGGCGUCGAAAAAGCCAUCGACGGCAAAAUAGUACGGGUGGGAUCCUAAGCGGAAUGAGAGAUGUACCUUCUACUAGACAAAGGCGGGACCCCUCGAAUAACGGAAUUGUGGGGGGCGAUUCGGACUCCACCGAAUAUGACACCGACGACGAUGACGAUGACGAUGACGACGACGAUGAUGAUGACGAUGACGAUGACGACUUGGACGUAGACUCCUCAUCCGACAACGUGCUCAAAGCCAUGGUCAUCCAAGUCCGCAUCAGCGAGAACCACCAGAACGGCAAAGACACGCAUGUCCGCGGUUUCCAAGUAUUCUCUCGUGAUGAUCGCCGUCUUGCGCAGCCGCGACGCGACAGUGCACGCAAGUCCAUCAGGGGAACCAGUGCUGCUGGAACUGGUGCAGCUGACGCGAGAAAAGUGGGGACUGGUUCGUCUGUCGCUGCGGAGCAUGGUGGGGGAGCUGUGGAGGAUGUGGAGGUGUUUGGAACCGCGUUUGAUGAGGAUGAUUGGAUGGGGGAGAUGGAGAUUCGGUAG